UUACUAAAUUCCGUAUGUGUGGAGUCUCGUUUCUCGUGUCAGUGAUUUUCAGACUGUCUCCAACUCUCCUGUCAGUCCAGUGGAAACCUCAGAAUCCAAGCAAGAACAGAGUCAAUCUCAGUCUCUUUCGUCCAUGGAAAUCUUCGGUCGGUAACGGAUGAAAUGGAGAAAUCCGAUUUCUCUGGUGCAUUUUGUAAUUCGUUUUGAUCGUUUUUUAAUUUUCAUUUUUUCUUGUAUUUGUGUGAUUUGUUUGAAAUUCUCUUUUUUGUUAUCUUGAGCUUCGGUUCUCUUCAUCGAUUGUGUUGUUAUCCUGGAUCAGAAUCAGGAGACGAGGCCUCCUUUCCUUUCCAAUCUUUGUUAUCCAUCCAAAUUUCUAGUUUCCUUUUGUAUCAGUACUCUGUAGCAGCAACACUGAUGGCUUCCCUAUAAAUACCUUGGCGCUUUGCAGAAACUGGUUCAUAGGGUGUUUUGGCGAUCUGAGGAUUGUGGACAGGGGGCCGCUCACCUUUCUCACUAUCUUCAUCUGUCCUUUGAGUUAGGUUCAAUAAACUCCAGGGAAAAAGAACAGAUGGAUUCUAAUGUUCGUGAUGAAAGUAAUGGUUAUGAGGCUGAGGUAAAGGGAAAUGGUCUACACCUCUGGCCGGUUCCCGCUUGUGCAGGAGGUGAAGGUCUGCCAUAUGCUCCAAUAGAUUUUCCUAACCCCGGUGAUAACUGGACUUGGAAGGUGGGAAAGAGGAAAACAGGUACUGGGUUCUGGUGUGAUAGGUACUUGUAUACUCCAAUCGGUUUUCAGAAGACCAAUCACAAGAGACAGAGAUUCGCCAGCAUGCAAUCUCUUGAACAAUAUAUCCGGAAGGAAUUCCCUGAUAAGGACGUUAAGGCCUUCUUUUCCUCUUUUAGUUGGAGGAUCCCUGCAGAGCAGACAAAAGAUGACCAGGUUCCAUUGGGUGUUUUGUUUCCUGGGGAAGACAUGGCUGAAAACUCCAAAUUUGAUUCAGAGUCUGGGAGUACGGAUUGUAAGGCUAGAAAUAGGAUGUGCAAACUCCAACUACCAGCGGGGAACUAUUCUCUACCUGCCAUGGAUUGUAAUAUAUGUUGCAGCGAACCUGAUUUUUGUCGUGACUGUUGUUGUAUACUUUGCUGUAAGACUAUUGAUUGGACAUAUGGAGGUUAUAGUUUUAUUAGAUGUGAAGCAAAGGUGGAUGAGAACCAUAUUUGUGGGCACGUUGCACACAUGGACUGUGCUCUUCGUUCAUACAUGGCGGGGACUGUUGGAGGAAACAUUGGAUUAGAUGUUGAGUAUUACUGCCGACGCUGCGAUAAGAGGAUGGAUCUUAUUUCACAUGUUAGAAGGCUUCUACAGACCUGUGAAUCACUUGAUGCUCGGGAGGAGAUCAAAAAGAUUUUGAGCAUGGGUUUGUGCAUUUUACAUGGCUCACAAAGAGCAAGCGCAAAGAAGUUGCUGAAUCAUAUGGAGUUGGCUAUGACAAAGCUUAAACAUGGGAAUCCUCUUGAAGAAAUUUGGAAACAAGAUGAUUCAUCUGCUGUUUCCCCAGGGACUGCAGAUGUUGCCAUUGAUCAAGAUGACGGGGAUAUGAGAUCAGGCUCAGGGUUCACCCUCGGACUCAAUAGCAUACAGAAAAGGUCUCAAAAACCCACAUACAUAACUUCAGACUACAGGAUUGCAUCUGUGAAACUUGAAGAUGAGAUUGAUCAGGUGCUCCAAUCAUUGAGGAAAUCCCAGGAAGCAGAAUUCAGAAUUGCUGAGGAGAGGCUUUAUGCUCAAAAAAAUUUCCUUCUCAGCUUGUAUGAACAGAUUGACAUUGAGAGGACUGAACUGGUGAAACAAUCAACUACUGAAGGCGACUCUGAUCCUUUACUUACAAAUGUCUUGAACAGAGCGAAACAGAUAAAUGCAGAGUCUGCAAGACUCAAAGAGAUGGAGGAAGUAGCCAAGGGAUUUGGAAGAGUUUCUAAAACUAUUUUAAGUGAGCAUUUUGGUUUAGAAACUGAAGAUUGAAACUGUAUGAGUUUUACUUUUUUAACAAAAACCUGUAUGAGUUUAACUUAACAUUCCCUGAUGGUAUCUUGGGGAGUUAUGCAGAAGAUACUGGAUCUGCAAUCAUGAUGAUGAGACUUUGAUUGAGUUGAACCAAUGAACUAGAAAAUUUCAUCAAAUAUAUUAGACUUAGAUGUA